CUUGUCAGUACUAUCAACUUCAGAAGAAGCCAUUGCCGAUAAAAUUCCGACAGUUGCUUCGUUCCAUCUACAAGAUGAAACACCCAAAGAUGAAAGUAGAUGGCGUGUGCGAGCUUCUGCAUCCGAAAGAAGGAAACUGGUUCGACCUAGCAAAAACUGAAGUGAAUGAGCACAUUGAUCCAGUCGUCAAACCGGGAACAAGCAUCAAGAAGACCAAGUCUACGAAGCCGAAAACGCUAGGGUGGAGCAAGCCUUCAAAGCCGACUUUCUUGACGAAUUUACUUUGCCGAUUCAGUAAACAGUGGCAGCC